UGUGUUCCUUCCCCUCGCCGAGCUCUCUCAUUCUCAUCUUCCGCUCUGACUCUCUCAUAUGCUUCUUGAAGGACAAAAAAGACCUGUCCUCUCCUCUCAUUCUUCUUUUCCUGUUUUCUCACUCUACUCUACUGUCUUAUCGUUUCGUUUUUUGCAUACCUUUUUCUUCCUCCCCCCCGUGCCAGGGGUAUUAGUGGGGGCACCGGCGGGUGUGCUUGAGUGAGAGUGUGUGUUUGUGUGUGUGCCGUAGGGGCUCAGCAUGGAAGCUGUGGCACUGUAUACGUUUCGUGCCACGGAGGGCGAUGAACUCAGUUUCAACAAAGGAGACAUGCUGAAGAUUACCAACAUGGAAGACGAUCCUAACUGGUACACCGCUGAACUCCACAACAGGAAAGGUUUCGUACCAAAAAACUACAUCAACCUGCGGCCACAUGCCUGGUUCGCCGGUCGCAUAUCUCGUGGUGUGGCAGAAAGUCGUCUCAGACACCGAGAGUGUGGAGCCUUUCUGGUCAGAGAGAGUGAGAGUGCUCCUGGGGAGUUUUCCAUAUCCGUCAGUUACGGCGACCAUGUUCAGCAUUUCAAGGUACUCCAGGAUCGCUGCGGUCAGUACUACGUCUGGGACGAAGGCUUCUCCUCCCUGAAUGAGCUGGUGGAGUUCUACCAUAGCAACAGCAUUGCUAAGGAGAGGACGGUCUUUCUGAGAGACCCAGAGCACUUCGCCAGACGGCCCCAUCAUGCCCAUGCUCUCUUUGACUUCACCCCCCACCACCCGUCCCAGCUGCGUUUCCUGCGUGGGGAUGUCAUCGAACUCAUUGACUGCUCGGAUUCCCUACGCUGGAGGGGCCGUUGCCAUGGAAAUGUGGGCUACUUCUCCCCGGAGUACGUGCAGCCCUUUCACCACGGCCAGUGACCUCACAUGCCGAGCGAACACGCGGCCGUUCCUGCAGGUGCACCGUCCUGACCACACCUACUGUACCCAACAACCCAACAACGACAACCAACUCCGGUCCUCUUGCUCUGUAUUUUCACUUUUGGAGCAAACGAGUGAUGAAGCUGCAGCCGAAACGGACUCCUUCAAGUCAAACCCCAACCAAGUGAGCUGUGACAGCCUCACCCAUCCGACCGUUCGACUCCACUUCUCUGUAAAAGUGAAUAAUUCAGACGUGGACCUACACACUGUGGAAGACACACCUACGUAGACUAACAUUUACACAUCAUUUAUUGCAGCUCAUCAGUGCUCGUUCAGGCUCACUUACAAGUAACACAUAUGAACAUUGAUUUGAUGGAAAAAAGGGGAGACGGUGUGAUCCGUGGGAGCUCGUGACUGAGGGACACAGCAGGGAGCUGCAGAUGUGCUCCAGUAUUAUACACCAGGAGAUCCUGGAGCUGACAAGUGAGACACAGGAAGUCAUUGUGUUGUGAAUAUCCGGGGUGGACGGCGAGGACACUGACCCAGCAGGUCCCUCUGACAGCGAGCCGACCGGUCCGAGGCCAUGUGAAGCGGUUUUGCUCGUAAUCUGCAGUCGUGUACAUUGUUAAACCUUAGACUGCACAAAGCUGGGCUUGCCGAAGACGCUGAGGGUGUUACUGUCCCGCUGUGACCGGAGACUCGAACCUCUCAGCUCACACACUGCUUUGUUUUAAAAUACACUGCUUAAAAUAUGAAACGGAUCAGUUGUUUGUUGUAUUUAUUCUUAUUCGUGUGUAAUCUUGAAAUAUAUUGCAAAUAGAAUUGCUCAUGGUAGAAAGGUUUCAUGUCCGCUACAACGGCUGAUAAAGGAAACUAGGUGUUUGUGUGAUUUACAGUGAGAACGUACACGUACGUCUUCCAUUACCUGUAAUGAUAAAUCAUUUUAAUAAAGUCAUACGUACUCUUCUUUG